AUGGUUUAUCUUCUACCUAUAUCUUUAGAUCCCUACCGAUGGUUAAUAUCUUACAGAAAACCGGCCACCCUAUCCUCGACAGAAGGAGAACUGUAUGCAUCUUUUGCAACUGAUGGCAACUUUAAGACUAUAUAUACUGAAGAUCCGGGAACAAAUUAUAGUGCAACCUUACUUGAAUCAACUCCUACAUUGCAAAUCGACUUAGAAAUGAGCGUUCCAGUGUUUAGAAUACAUAUCAAAGGAAUUGAAUAUAAUGGAUUCGAUCCAGGACAGACCUAUCUGACAGUGCGCGUUGGUAAUUUUUAAACUUAUUUAUUAUAUUCUCUAAAGGAGCGGUCAUUAUUUCUGGAGGUGGUUGCACCGAAGAAAAAAGGGUUGGAUAAACAAAAUUUAGAGUGAGUAAACGGUUGAGUAAAUGAAAAGUUGGGUAAUAAAAAUUUAUUGUCAUUUCCAAAUCAUGACUCACUCAAAUAUUGAAGACUACAAAGCAAUGUGUUCAACAGUCAUGCAUAUGUCAAUACAAUAUCAGAGUCACUAUCUUGAUCAUUUUCCGAUUGUCAGGAGAUAAAUGGUGUCUCCGAAGAAAGUACAUGUGCAGACAACAUGAAACUUUCGACUGCAGAAAAUUGCACAAGCAAUUAUCAAACUUGUGACACAGAGGUGGCAAAGGAUAUAUGUGACAACUGAAUGGUAUUCCUUUGUAAACAUUUUAAUGGUUGGAUCAGAAAAUUUUUGCCAAGAAAAACAAUUUAAAUUCAUAGGAUGAAAAUUUGGAAGGUGUUUUAUAAAUUACCAAAGUACCAGACAAUUUGAUGUACAUUAAAUCCAACGCGCAAAACCCUAAAACUUUGACUUUUUGCCGUCCUACCGUUCAGCCACACUCAAUUUAUUAAUUAAACGCAUUAUUGAUUUUAUACAUGAUUGCUUUCUUUACAAAAAGUUCCUAAAAAUUAUGCGUGAAAUGCUACUAUGGCACAAGUCAAAGUUUUAGAGGUCGCGCGUUGGACUUAAUGUACAUCAAAUUGUCUGGUACUUUGAUAAUUCAUAAAACACUUUCUAAAUUUGCACCCUAUUAUGAAUUCAAAUUGCGUUUUAAGCCUUCCAUUUUUGUGCGCAUGCAAGCCAUCCAUAUUUAAAGUGGAGUUUUUUAAACAACAUCCUGCACUCGACAAUUUAUUUUUCAAAAUAAUUUUAAGGUUACUUCACACGAUGAACGUGCGUUUUAGUCUAUUGGACUGACAUUGCUCAACGACUUUUAGGUGUAACUUUACCAAAUUUUCAGUGAAGAAAGCCAGGAAAAUGCUGAUUUCGACAAUUUUUAUUUGAUGGGUGUUCUGUUUAAACAUUUUCAGUAUUGGCUGACUGAGUAAAUAUGUAGGUACCUUCAUAAAAAAAUCAAAAUAUGUUUAUAGUUUACCUCAACGGUUGUCUAGAUAUCGCAAUUCAAAUCUUCAUAGGCAUGGUAAAAAAAACGUGUGCGGAAAAUUUCUCUUCUUUAGUGGUUUUUCUGAUAUGCCCUGAUUCUUGGAUUUGUCACUGAUAAUUCACGAAGUUGUCAAAGAAAACGUCAUAUUAGAAAAACCAUUGAAGAAGAGAAAUUUUCCGCACACGUUUUUUUUACCGUACCUAUGAAGAUUCAAAUCGAUAUAUGUAGACAAACGUUGAGGUAAACUAUAAAUAUAUUUUGAUUUUUUUAUGGGAUACUUAUGUAUUUCUUUAGUCAGCCAAUACUGGACAUGUUUAAACAGAACACCCAUCAAAUGAAGAUUUUCGAAAUCAGCAUUUUAUUGGCUUUCUUCACUAAAAAUUUGGUAAAGAUACACCUAAAAUUCGUUGCGCCAUGUUCAAUAGACUAAAACGCUCGUUCAUCAUGUGAAGUAACCUUAAUGGUAAAGAUACUACCCCUUGCAUCAUGUUUUCUGAAAAUAUUUUGCAGAAUUUGCAGUUUAGCGUACAUUUUCGACUGUGCAAAUUUUUUAUACAUCCUGUAUAUUGUUUUUUUUGCACGUAGGUGAUAACCCGACAGUUGGUUCAACAGAAAAUCCACAGUGUGGUUCAACCAUGAGUGUCAAUAAAUGGCAGCGUAUGACAUGCGGGAAGAAGGGAAGAUAUGUGAACGUAAUACGCGCUGUUCCUAAUUCGGGAAGCCAAUUUAAACUUGUUGAAGUUGCAGUUUUAAAGAAACCUCUAGGUGAUUAA